AUGAACGAGAGUGCAAAUCUGGGAUUUUCCAUGAACGAGAGUGCGGAUCUGGGAUUGCCAGCGGCGAUUGCCAGCGUCAUGGAGAUGCGAAGCCCCAACGCGAUGCGAAGCCACGUCAGGGAGAUUGCCAGCGGCGCCGACAUCACCGACUAUGUGGUCCAGUUCGCGCGGAGGCGUUUGCGCGGCGUGUCCAUUCUCAGCGGCAGCGGGGCCGUCGUGAACGUUACUCUUCGCCAGCCCACGGCUCCUGGCGCCGUCCUCUCCCUCACCGGCUCGUUUCUCCCCGGACCAUCCCCUCCUGGUGCCACCGGUCUCACCAUCUAUCUCGCGGGAGGACAGGGACAGAUCGUUGGCGGCGGGGUGGUGGGCUCACUGGUGGUGGCUGGUCCAGUUUUGAUAAUGGCGGGUACGUUUUCCAAUGCAACUUACGAGAGAUUACCUUUGGAGGAGGAUGAUCAGGAGCAGGGUGGUGGCGGUGGGUCUCUGCCGGGGAUGGGAGGCGGUCCUGGCGAAGCUUCGUCGUCAAUUUCGGUGUAUAAUAAUAAUGUUCCUCCGAAUCUAGGUCUUCCAAACGGACAACAGGUGAACCAUGAAGCUUGUUCUUCUCCUUGGGGUCAUGCUCCUCGUGCCAUACCUCCUUUCCAAAGAUGAACAUGGAUUUUCUCAAAUCAACCAAACACUAUAUU